AUGAACGACUGCACGCAGGCCAAGGAAAUUACCGAGGCCGUCGCCCCGAUUUUGAUCUACCUGGUCAUCGUCAACCUGACCGUGCUGAUCUCGUGCAGUUAUGUGGCCGUCAAACUAUUUCAACAUCCGCAUGUCCACAUCCAUUUGCGGCUUAUCCUCCUCAACGUCAUUUUGGGGAUAAUGUUCCGCACCGCUUUCACGACGAUACGUGCCAUGUUACGGCUACGUCUGCUGGUUGGCACGUAUACGGACCCGUGCGUAUUUCUGGAGGAAUAUUCGUUCUGUUCGGCCAUAAGCUCCAUCACACUUCCGGCCGUUAAGGUAAUCCCAAUCACCUAUAUUCUGAUUACGGUAGAAAGGGGCGUGGCCUUGUUCUUUGCCCACAACUACGAGAGGAUACGCUGUAUUCCGCUGGUGAUUCUGGUCGCCGGGGCUACGGAAUCCUAUUCUGCAGCCGUAUUCCCUACCAUGUACCUCUCGCUCCCAUUAAUGUGCCUGUGGCGAUGCCCGGAAUUUCGGCCAAAAUGGGGCCGCCACCCGCGACGAGUUGGAGCCGUUCGGCUGGAGACGCAGACCGUGGACCCAAACGAGGCGAUGCGGCACGUGCUGAACGUGUGGGAUAUGCACGCACCGCCCCGGAAACCGAAA